ACUUUAAUUAUAAUUAAAUUUUACAGAUUCAAAAAGGAUUUCAAUUUUAUCAUGAUUGAUUCAAAAGGUAUAACCCAAAACUAAACAGUGUAACUUUCAAGUUGAACUCCGCAAUCUCCAUGUUAAAGUCUCACUUCACUCUCAUUUCAUCUCAUUUUGUUCAAUCUUUUUUAUACCCUCAUCAUCAUCACCACCAACACAACUACCUUUACCAUUAUAACAAUCAUCACCAAUCUUCUUGUUCAACUCAAUGUAAUAACUGUCAGUGACUAUCAACUAUUCAAGUUUCACUGCGAUUCAACACACAACAGCUUCUGUACAGUGAAAUCCAACAACUCUGUUCAACAACUUCUUUCCAAUUCUGGUUAAACCAAACUUUACCUGUAACAUAAACCAGCAACAAUCAACUAAUUGUCAUCUUAAUGUUUCAAAAUUGGAUCUUUUAACCCGGUUUAAUCGCUUAUUAAUCUGUGACUUUUAAACCUAAAAAGGUUAACCAAAAUGGUGCCUCUAACAUUUACCCAUUUAAAUUGCUCGGCCAAAACUGGCCAUCCCUGUAAAAUAAUACCCUUUGGAUUUCCUUAUGAUUUAACCGGACUGGGGCCAAUCGUUGAGCCCAGUCAGUUGAGAAUGAUGCUUGGAAGUGAACCAAACAAUGCAUUCGUCUAUAUAUCGAUAUUCGUUGGACUAUAUGUCAUCAUUUUUGCUGUCUUUUUGGGAGUCGCAUUAUCACGAAGUAAUCUUGUCCAUGCUCAUUAUCAUGACAAAAAUAACCGGAAUCGUCGCAAGAAGGGGAAACAAAUGAUUGUCAGUUAUGAUGAGACCAAUGAGGAUAUCAGAACUGAUUAUUCCAGAGUAUCAUUGAGCUUGGGCAUUGUAUAAUAAGAAGCAGGAAAAAACGCAAUCAACUCAACAUUAAUGUUUAUCUUGUCAGUGUAAAUAGCAGUUCUGAUGAAAAAUUAUUGAUCAAAAAAAUUUUAACAAUAUGAAGGCGUAAUGAUGAAAAUUAAAUAAGCACAAAUAAAUAUCAAUGUAACUAAACUUUCCAAUGUAAAUAUAUCAAAUUAAUGCAUCAAUCCAAGUGAAAUAAGAUACUCGAGUUGAUGUGAUAUACUGUUGGUUAUUGAAUUAUAACCACUUAUGGAGUAACAAUAAAGUUGACACUCAAUUCCCAAUUGAUAAUUUUGUGAAUAAAAACAAGUUUGAAUAAAUUGAAAAUUUUACUCA